AUGCCGACAGUUCGCUUUCAGUUCACAACUCUAGAGCAGAAGAGAUCCAAGGCUGCUGGGGUUGUUGCGAGGGCAUGGAGGAGUCACAGGGCCAGGAUGAUCUACCGAGAGGUCAAGUUGCUGAAGGAGCAGGAGCGUCUGCUGGCAGAGCAACGCGAUCGGAACAUCCAAGAAGCUGAGGAGUUUGCUAAGGCCAGGAGGGCCAAGGAGAGGAACAAGCGAUCUCACAAGAUCUCUAGAGCCCACAGGACGCCUGACCUCAACGAGAUCCUCACUGGGAGCCUUGGAGGGCAGCUGGAAGACGCUGAGGAGGGAGGAGGAUACGACGUGUUGAAACCUUCGUGGGGCCUCGAUAUCCCGAGGGUUGCGCUACCGAGUCUCUACUCUAAGAUGAAGGAGAGGAUAAUGAGAUACAACACUCCAGGCUUCAUCAGCUUCUCCAAGAUGGACGAGGAUGGCAUGUUGAGGUCUAGAAGCAGGGUGUACAGAGAGCCUGUUCGGACGAAAACCAAGUUUCCGUCUCUCAACGCCUCCCCGAAGCUCCACUGGCAAGUUCCUGUCGAGUACAUUGAGACGUUUGCUCCGAGCUUCGAGGUGUUGAGAUCUGUGUUUGACGAUGAGACUGCCGAGGGGCAGUUUGAUGAAUUGAUCAGAGCUCAAGAGUUUGCUGAUGCAGCCGCGUUGAUUGAGCUGCAAGGAAAUUUCGCCAUCGACGAACUGAUUUGUUUUGUGUCUGGUUGUAUUGGACCUCAACUUCACUAUAGAGAGACGAAUGCGUUCUUGCUGCUGUCUCAUGCACAGAAGCUGUGUGAACGGAUGGCGAGUUUGAUGGAGGAGGAUGAAGAGGAAG